AUGAUUAUUAAAGAUAGUUUACAAGGUUAUCACGAGAAGCGUUUACUCAAUACUUUAUUAAAUAAUUAUAAUCUCCUUGAACGACCAGUAGCUAAUGAAUCGGAACCCCUAGAAGUAAGAUUUGGAUUAACAUUACAGCAAAUUAUCGAUGUGGACGAGAAGAAUCAACUACUCAUAACUAAUAUUUGGCUUUCUUUGGAAUGGUAUGACUACAACUUAAAAUGGAAUGAAUCAGAGUAUGGAGGCGUCAAAGACUUACGAAUAACACCAUCGAAGCUUUGGAAACCGGAUGUCCUUAUGUAUAAUAGUGCGGAUGAGGGAUUCGAUGGGACGUAUCAAACCAAUGUCGUGGUCAAACAUAACGGCAGUUGUCUGUACGUGCCCCCUGGCAUCUUUAAAAGCACAUGCAAGAUAGACAUCACGUGGUUCCCGUUUGAUGAUCAGCAUUGCGAUAUGAAGUUCGGUAGUUGGACUUACGAUGGAAAUCAGCUUGAUUUGGUGCUAAAUUCAGAUGAAGGAGGAGACUUAUCAGAUUUUAUAACGAAUGGAGAAUGGUAUCUAAUAGGGAUGCCAGGAAAAAAGAAUACAAUAGUUUAUGCUUGUUGCCCAGGUAAUUUUAAAAUUUAUGUUGGCAUGGGAGUGAAUUCAAUUUACGAAAUAGAAAAAUAA